AUGGUAUUAAACUGGAUAUAUCAUUUGCUGCGAGGCAAGAACCAUGGAACAAAGGUGGAGACACCAGCCGAUAUUGAUCUGAUUGCAUGCAGCAACUUGGCGGAAUGGUCCGACGUUGUUAUUUCUUAUGACAGGCCUUCAAAACUUGCACAAAACAAUACACAUUCGAUCGAACACGCCACGGGGCACACGCAAACUACAAUUCCAGAAUAUUUUGUUAUUGAACUAGAACAAGGGAGAAAGAAAGCCCCGCAAAAGGACGAGAUCAAAUCCCAAAAGGACGAGAUCAAAUCCCAAAAGGACGAGAUCAAAUCCCAAAAGGACGAGAUCAAAUCCAAAAAGAAACAAUGCGAUCAGCAGAAUCUUCUUUUAUAUUUCAAAAAGGGUGAAAAUUCCAGCCUUCAAAGUAUAUGCGACAAUUCCAUCCAAAAGAGCACGACCCAGCCUGCUUCCAAAUCUAAAUCCAAAUCUAGCAGAAGGAGAGAAAGAAAAAAGAAGAUUCUGCUGAU